AUGUCUAGCAUGCGACAGCAACAAUGGAGCGCAAAAAGUAUGCUUUGCAAGCAAAAAUCAAUCGAUGAUAAGGCAAGUGACAGCCACAGUAGUAGUAAAAGAAUUCUCCGUAAACAAUUAUCAGUCGAUCAUGUAACGUCGAGCUUGAAGCACGCCUCAAGUAGUUCCGCACCACCAGAUUUAAGCAGUUUAUUGUGGCAAGUGAAUGAGUCAAAUUUGAGGAUUGUAAAGCGUGCCAGUGGCAAUAAUUCUAUUACCAACCGACAAGACCUUAUAAAUAAUUGUUUGAACAAAACAAUGAAGAGUGUAACGAGUGAACAAACAGCUGUUAAGGCGAAGGACAAGAUCAACAUUAAUAUUUUUCUGUCGCAGGAUGUUCAGGAUGAUGGAUAUAGUGAUAAUGAGACAGCACCUCAAACCACUCAUAAGCCUCCGACAUCAUCAUCAUCAUCAUCAAAUGCUGCAUUGAAAAACUCAAAUAGUGGUAACAGCGAUACAUCGUCAAGUUCAGCGAACGGUAGAUUAUCAGCAAGUUCUCGACGUGCUCAAUUUCAAGCGAGUAGACGAAUUAUGAGUGCCCCAAUUCGUCCAAUAAAUAUUGUUAAUACAGACGACUCAAAAAACAAGAGAAAAGUGAGGAAGAAAAAGGUUAUAAGGGACAAGGAUAUUGACGAGUCACCGGAUGAGUAUGCUGAGGAAUUAGAGGAUAUGAAGCAAGCGUUACUUGUCCCUAAAGGUACAGCAAAAAAGCCUCAACAGAUGAGAACUCGUACAAUAUUGGGAUGUGAUCAAAUCGGAAUUGAAACUCUCGUGUCAAUGAUCAAUUCUGGUGAAAGUGAUUCAGAGAAGGAAGGUGAAAAGGAUAAGGAUAAAGAGAAGGAACUUCCAACACCACAAACGAUCAUCAAGAAUGAUACGCCGAGGGUUCGAUCAAUGCUGCGUAAAACUGUGUCAUUCCAAGAAGAUGAUUCGCAACUAGCAGCCACCCUUAUUGGAAAAGAUGGAUAUAACAUUCGCAGGAAUUCUGUGGUUCCAUUUGCAGGUCGAAUGAGAAAUACACGGAAUCUUUUUGGUCAAGAAAUUUGCAACCUUUAUAUGAACAGCAGCAUUAGUAAUAGCAGCAGCAAUAGCAGUAAUAGUACCGAAGAGCAGCAGCAGCAAGCACAACCAAAGAAUGAGAAUGAUUUAAACACAUCAAAUCAACCACAAGAAGAGACCAUAAUUAAAGAAAAGCCAAAAACCAAAACGAAACUUUUUAAUGGAACAUCUGAAGAGAAAAGAUCUCAGGAUUUACUGACACAGCCACGCGAAGAGGAAUGCUGGAGAUUAUAUGAGAAGAUGAAGAAGACAGGCUUGAAUAUAUCUUAUGAUACAAUUCUUCGAGGAAUUCUUAAGCCCAGUGAAUUGAGAUUGCUGGAAAAGCAGAAGAAGCUUCUCGGAGACAUCGAAGAGAAGAAUUUGGAAUAUCGUGAAUUAGAAAAAGUCGAAACGCCAUAAAAGUUUUUUCAUACUCGACUAAUUUUUUCCAAAUAUAACUUUUAGACAUAAAAAAAGAAUUUCUAAUGAAAUAAAAACAAGAAGCACAUUGCCACAUAAGCUAUGCAUUUAGCUUCAAAUAUAGACAAGUACAAGUAAUUGAAUUUAAAGACAGAAGUAACUUGGAAUGAGAAUUGAAACAAAAUUGUUGUUAAGUUGUAAAGAAAAAGUUUUAUUUUGUGAACAGAGACACAAAAGUUUAGAUUGGAGGAGAUGCUUAAAAAAUUGUUGGAAAUUCCCCACGAUAUCCUUUGUUCCUAUAAAGAUAAAAUUAGUUGAAAAAAGUUCUUGUUAUGUUUAAAUAAUAAAUUAAUGGCAAAUUUUGUUGAUGUAUUUCACCCACAUUUUAGUGACACUUUGUUGUUUAUGUUGACG